AUGCUCGCUUGCGUCGUACCAUCCACAGCUUUAGAAGCACGCAACACGAAGUCUAGCCUGCGCUUGGAUCGAUCUAGUACGACUUUAAUGCCAAGGCUUCUUAGGUACGGUUCGUUUAGCGUUGUUGCGUCCGUGCUGGGCGCUUCCUACUACUACUAUGCAGUUGCUAGUCCAUUAUACACAGAGGCCGAAUGGCACCGUGUCUCGCAACGUACUGCGGCACUCAUUGACCGGCGGAUAGAUAUCCCAGUGCCCGAAUCAACGACCGAACGGCGGGAAUAUGUGGUACGUAGCAGCAAGGAGACGAUGAAGGACAUAUGGAACGAACAGAUCAGAAGUAUAGUGGACUGGAUCUACUCGUGGAGUCAUUGA